CUCAAAGUUUACAUAGCUUAACAAUACUCAGUUUCCUUGUUUCAACUUGCAUUGCUUCAUCCUCGCUUUUUGUAGAACUAAAAUUUCUUACCAUUAUGGAUAUGAUAAGAGACCUUGCAUCAAAGAAGGCUGCAGUGAUCUUUACCAAGAGCUCAUGUUGCAUGUGCCAUAGCAUUAAGGCACUCUUUUAUGAACUUGGUGCAAGCCCUGCAGUUCAUGAAAUUGAUCAUGACACAAAUGGAAGGGAAAUGGAAUAUGCGCUUCAAAGGUUAGGCUGUAGUCCUUCUGUCCCUGCGGUUUUCAUUGGUGGAAAAUAUAUAGGCUCAGCCAAGGACAUCAUCUCCCUGCAUGUAGAUGGAUCUCUAAAAGAAAAGCUAAUUGAGGCCAGGGCUAUCUGGUUCUAAACACGAACAUCAUACAUAUUUUAUAUAAUAUAUUAUAUACUACUGAAACUAAAUAUUCUGCUAUAGGACUAGCUCCAUACUGGCAUAUACCAUGUUAAAAUGCCUUGUACCAAGGCCUUCUCUUUUUGUCAGCUCUGGUGAAAAGGAACAGCUUAUGAAUCAGUUUUUUUAACAAAGGUGAUUGUGAGUUGAUGAAAGUGUCAUUUUCAAAAUAUACAAUCUGUGUCAAUUAA